AUGGCGACCGGAACAGUCGAGCAUUCUGCCCUGAAUGAGAUGCAGAGCACCGGCACUAGCAGCAGUCCCCGUAAUGGGAUCCAUCAGCGGGAAAGGUCGCUGGUCGAGUCUAUUCGCUCCUCACCGCGCUCCGCGAACCCGUUCCUCAUCACUGAGCGGCCCGACGAGAAACAGCUAUGUAUUUCGUCGAGGACUCUGCGGGUGAGAGACUUCGUGCUCAUGAAGACUCUCGGUACCGGCACUUUUGCUCGGGUGUGGCUCGCGCGGCUGAAGGAUCAGAAGGAUAAAAACACGGUUUAUGCGUUGAAGGUUCUUCGCAAGGCAGAUGUGAUCAAGUUGAAGCAAGUGGAACAUGUGCGCAACGAACGGAAGACCCUCGCUGGGGUGGUCGGUCACCCCUUCAUAACGACGUUGGUCGCAUCAUUCUCGGAUGAACAGAGUUUGUACAUGUUGCUGGACUAUUGCCCCGGAGGAGAGAUCUUCAGUUAUCUUCGACGGGCACGGCGUUUUAGCGAAGAAACAUCGAGGUUUUAUGCCGCGGAGAUCACAAUGACAAUUGAAUUUUUGCAUGACAUCCACGGCGUCGCCUACCGUGACCUCAAACCAGAAAACAUUUUAUUGGAUGCCAACGGACACAUCAAGCUCGUCGACUUUGGCUUCGCGAAGCAAGUGGACAACCGUGAAACAUACACUUUGUGCGGAACGCCCGAGUAUCUGGCCCCGGAGGUCAUUCACAACAGCGGCCAUGGACUUGCCGUAGACUGGUGGGCGCUGGGGAUCCUGCUCUAUGAAUUUUUGGUCGGACAGCCCCCAUUUUGGGACCAGAACCCCAUGCGCAUCUACGAACAGAUUGUCGAAGGCCAUCUGCGCUUCCCUGCGAACAUGUCACCAGCCGCUCAGAACAUCAUCUCCCUGCUCUGCAAAACAAACCCGACGGAGCGACUGGGCUACAUCUCCGGCGGCUCAGUGCGAGUCAAGUCACACCCGUUCUUCCAAGAGGUAGUAUGGGAUGACUUAUUCUACCACCGGGUCAAGGGCCCGAUUCUCCCGAAAGUGUCACACCCUGCCGAUACAGGCAAUUUCGAGGAUUACCCGGAUCCUCCUGAUGUCAGAGGCCAGAACCUCUACACCGAUGAUUUGAGAAAGAAGUACGACACUCUGUUUAGCGACUUUUGA